AUGUGGAUGUUAAUACUUCAAGCCAUACUGUUGCAUUAUGUCGGCUUUCAUGGUAAUUUUCCACCAUUUAUUUCCAAUUUGAUAGAACGAAAAGAUGAAACCGUAGUUGGACAAAGCAGUGAAGAAGACUCGCAAAAUAUAUUUAAUGUGACCAUUCAACUGCCAGGAGGAGAUGAUGUAGAAAUACAGGUUUCUCCAAAAGAGUUAGUACAGGAGAUCAUCCAAGUGUUAAUGGAGCAUGAAGAUUCCUGUCAUAGAACAUGUUUUUCACUCCAGUUUGAAGGCAAUGUCCUGGACAACUUUUCAGAGCUAAAGUCUGUGGCAGGACUGAAAGAUGGUUCUGUUUUAAAAGUGGUGGAGGAACCAUACACCAUCAGAGACGCUCGAAUCCACAUACGCCAUUUCCGAGAUUUACUGAAGAGCUUGGACCUCACAGAUGCCUACAAUGGAAUAGACUGUAGCUCAUUGUCCUUCCUGAGCAACAUCUCUGAGGGUGACAUUGGAGAUUCUGCCUCCCAUGAAAACAAUGUCAAGAAGAAAAAACGCUCCUCUUCAGAACAAGGGCUAGAUCCAAUUGACUGUUCUCCACCAGAAUACAUUCUUCCUGGAAGUUCAGAGCGUCCCCUGCAACCUCUUCAACCAAUGAAUUCAGAGAGUAAGCCUCUUCAGUGUCUUAAAUCUUUGAUUAUGAGUGGCUGGAAUCCUCCUCCAGGCAAUCGCAGAAUGCAUGGAGACUUGAUGUAUUUGACGGUGGUAACAAUGGAAGAUCAUCACAUUAAUAUCACUUCGUCCAACAGAGGAUUUUACAUCAACCAGUCAACUGCAGAGACGUUUAAUCCCAAGCCAUCCUCACCAAGCCACUUAAGCCACAGUAUUGUAGAACUGCUGAACCAGGUCAGCCCGGCAUGUAAGAAGAAUUUUUCUGCUCUACAAAAGAAGAGAGUGCAUCGGCAUCCACUAGAGAGAAUUGCAACACCCUAUCAGGUUUAUAGUUGGAUUGCCCCUAACACGAACCAUAUAAUCGACUGUGUGCGAGCAGAGGAUGCGUACAACUUACGUCUGGGAUAUGAGGAACACAUUCCUGGUCAGACCAGAGACUGGAAUGAAGAGCUGCAGACAACCAGAGAACUUCCUAGGGAGCUCCCAACAGACCAACAGCUGCGACAGAGGGCCAAUUUUAAGAUCAACUCUGAUUUUGUUGGAGCCUCCACUCGAGGAGCAAUGGCAAGCAUAGAUGGAAAUGUUAUGGCCAUUAACCCUGGUGAAGAGACAAAAAUGCAGAUGUUUAUUUGGAACAACAUCUUCUUCAGCUUUGGAUUUGAUGUGAGGGAUCACUAUAAGGAUCUGGGUGGAGAUCAUGCAGCCCACGCUGCUGCCAGCCAUGACUUGAAAGGUGUACAGGCCUACAGUGACCUGGACAUUGAAGAACUUCACAUAUUGGGUACUGUUGUUCUUGAUUACAGAGGAUACCGCAUAUCUGCUCAGUCAAUCAUACCUGGAAUUUUAGACCGUAAAGAAGACCAGAGUGUCGUUUAUGGAUCCAUUGACUUUGGUAAAACUGUGUCAACAAGUGCAAAAUAUCUCUCCUUACUCCACAAGGCCUGUAAACCACUGAGGAUAAUGAGGCAUGCUGUUCUUUGUGAGAAGAAUGAAGAAUUGCUUCUAUGCUCCUCUGUGGAAUGCAAAGGGAUAGUGGGUAAUGAUGGCCGCCACUACAUUUUGGACCUCAUCCGCACAUUCCCUCCAGAUGUGAACUUCCUUCCAUUGCAGGAAGAAUAUAUAUUACCAGAGUGUCGCAACUUUGGAUUUCCUAAACCUUAUCAGCACCGUCUAUGCAGUUUACGCCCAGAACUCUUGGAAGUCUUUGUACAACAAAAGUAUGCACAGUUUAUGAAGAUUGUAAUGGAGAAGUCACAAAAAGGAGAAUUACUUCAGCCUGAUAAGGAUGAAAAUGGGUUACCGAAAGAUGAACUUAAAGGAGCAGAUAUUGUGAGGGAAGCGUGUCAACAGAUUGGCUCUGUGUCCGAGUAUAUUUUUGAUAUACAGUUUAAUCCAGAUGUCUACUCACCAGUGGUUCGGUUUCCAGAGUCUCAAAAUAAAGCCAUCCAAAUACAAAAGAGAUUGCUGAGUGAAGCGGCAGCCUUUCUCCUCACUGUACAAAUCCCCAACUUUAUAAAGGCAUGCCUGGCCCAUCUUAUUAUUCCUCUGGAUGGAAAAACACUCACAGAGGCACUUCACCUUCAAGGGAUCAAUGUGCGCUAUUUAGGUACUGUUGCGGAUAUGAUUGAUAGCCUGGAAGCACGUCCCUCUCUGGAUCAUGUUUAUAGAAUUAUAAUCACGGAAAUUGUCACACGAUCAGCCAAAGCAAUCCUACGGCACUACUUGCAGGGAGUAGAGACAUCUGCCUUGUCAGCUGCCGUCAGCCACUUUCUGAACUGUUUUCUAAGUUCUUACCCCAACCCCGUGGCUCAUCUGCCUCCCGAUGAGCUGAUCUCCCACAAAAGGAAGAACAAGAGAAAGAUGCGACCACUGGAAAAUGGAGACAGCACUGCAUGGACCAGUAUGACUCCAGCAGAUCUAUGGAAGCAAAUCCAACGCAAUGCCAAAGACAGCUUUGAUUUUACACUUUCAAGUGAUUCUAUGGAGCACUUGGUUGAGAAGCUUAGCCUGCAGAAAGUGACGCUGCUCCGGGAGUUCUGCAUAAAGACUGGAGUCCAGGUUCUUCUCCGUGAAUAUAACUUUGAAAGCCGCCAUAAGCCAGCUUUAACAGAAGAAGAUAUUCUGAAUAUGUUCCCCGUAGUCAAGCAUAUCAAUAUUAAGGCCAAGGAGGCUAAUCAGCUGUUUAAUAAAGCCCAGAUCAGCAUCCAACAGGGUGGCCUAAAGGAAGGUGUUGUUUUAUUAAAUGAAGCUCUGACCCAAUUCAACAGUGUGUAUGGUGCUGUACAUCCAGAGAUUGCUGCGUGCCUACGUCUGCUCGCCCGAAUCAAGUUCAUUUUAGGGGACAUAGCAGAGGCUCUGGAUAAUCAGCAGAAAGCAGUGAUAAUGACGGAGAGAACCAUGGGAUAUGACAGCACAAACACCAUUCAAGAUUAUGUCCUUCUCUCACAUUACUGUUUUGCCAGCGGACAGCUACCAGUAUCUCUGAAGCUGUUAUAUCGCGCUCGAUACCUAAUGCUGGUCAUAGCAGGUGAAGAUCAUCCCACCAUGGCUACACUAGAUAGCAAUAUUGGUGUAGUCCUACAAGCUGUUCUUGAAUGUGAUUUGUCUCUACGAUUUCUGGAGAAAGCUUUGGAGGGCAACAAGAAGUAUUAUGGAAAACAAUCCUUGGAUGUGGCCCUGAGUCACCAUCUGAUAGCUCUUGCAUAUACCAGCAAAGCAGAAUUUAGAGCAGCAAUGCAGCAUGAAAAGGAAACAUACACCAUGUACAAAGCAGUGCUAGGUGAUUUUCAUGAACGGACACGAGAGAGUUCUGCUUUCUUGAAACAUGUGACACAGCAAGCUGUAAACCUGCAAAGAACCAUGAACGAAAUCUACAAAAAUGGAUCAAUUGCCACUCUACCUCAUGUCCAGAUUGUCCCUCCAGGGAUCGAUACCCUAUUACAACAGUUGAACCUCCUGAAUGGAAUCUUACGGAUCAGUGUCAGUAAUAAUGAACUCAAUGACAGCAGCAAUUCAAUACAAAAUAAAAGGCAGAAUUCUACAGAUAAUAUUGAAGAACACAUAGAGCAACUUUUAAAUUGUGUAGCUGCUGGGCAACCCACAGACAGUGGUGACAAAAAGGAUGGCGGUGAACAGUCCAAAGAUGGUGGUGACAAAAAGGAUGGCGGUGAGCCGUCCAAAGGGGGUGAUAACAAAAAUGAUGGCGGUGGCGAACCUUCAAAAGACAGUGGUGACGCCGAAGGCGGAGGUGGUGAGCAGUCAAAAGACGGGGACGACAAAAAGGAUGGCAGUGGCGACAAGUCCAAGGACAGUGAUAAUAAAAAAGAUGGCAGUGGUGACCAGUCCCAAGAUGGCGAUGACAAAAAAAAAGGCGAGGAUAAGGAGUCAAAAGAUGGAGAUGACAAAAAGGAAGGUGGUGAACAGCAGUCCAAAGAUGGGGAUGAGAAGAAAGAAGGUGAUGAUGAGAAGUCCAAAGAUGGGGAAGACAAGAAAGAAGGUGAUGAUGAGAAGUCCAAAGAUGGGGAUGAGAAGAAAGAAGGUGAUGAUGAGAAGUCCAAAGAUGGGGAAGACAAAAAGGAAGUAGCCAGUGAGAAGUCCAAAGAUGGGGAUGACAAAAAGGAAGUAGACAGUGGGCAGUCCAAAGAUGGGGAUGACAAAAAGGAAGGAGACAGUGGGCAGUCCAAAGAUGGGGAGGAGAAAAAGGAGGGCAAAGAGGAGCAAUCUAAAGAUGGGGAGGAGAAAGUAGAAAGUGGUGAAAAUCAGGCUAAAGAUGAUGGGGAGAAAAAAGAAAAGGGAGAGGGGCAAUCCACAGACAGUGAAGUGAAAAAAGGAGGAGACGAGGAACAAUCCAAAGAUGGGGAAGAAAUAAAGGAAGGAGACAGUGAGCAACAGUCCAAAGAUGGGGAGGAGAAAAAGGAAAAAGAUGAACAGGUGACUAAAGAUGGAGAGAAGAUACAGGAAGGGGCUGAAGAUCAGGCUAAAGAUGUACUGGAGCCAGAGAAAGCUCAAGAGAUAAAAAAGGAAGGGGGAGAUGAAAAGGUUGACGAUGGGGAGAAAAAGGAUGAAAGUAAGGAGCAAGCUAAAGAUGAGGGGGAAAAAGAAGCAGGAGGUGAGGAGCAGGCUAAAGCUGAUGGGGAUAAGCAGGAAGGAGGUGAGGAUCAGCCUACAGUUGAAGGGGAUAAGAAGGAAGGAGGGAAGGAGCUAUCUAAAGAAGAGGAGAAAAAGGAAGGAGAUGUGGAGCAGGUUAAAGCUGGAGAGGAAGGCUCUGAGGAGCAAACCAGCAGUAACAAGGACAAUAAGGAUAUACCUGAGGAGCAGCCUAAAGAUACCGAUGAGAAGGAUGCUGCUGUGGUGGAAAAUGCUGACGAACAAACUAAAAGUGAUGACAAAGAUAUAGCUAAUGAACAGAGCAAAGGUACUGACGAACAAAAAGAUGCACCAAAGGAUGUUAGUGAGAAUCCAUCUAAAGGGGAUGAAGGGCAGCAGGACAAAAAAGAGUAG